AUGGAUGGCUUCUACUCCCCCCAUCAGCAACAGCAGCAGCAACAGCAACAACAGCAGCAGCAGCAGCAGCAACAACAACGCAUGCAGCCGAACCAGCCGAACCAGCCGAAUCACAUGCAACACAAUAUGAAUGACCCUUCCUACUUUCCAGGAGGGGAUUCCCUCGACGACAUUGUUCGCGAUAACCAAGACAAAUUAUACCGCCGGCAGAGCAUGCCCCAGGGUUUUGCUAACCACAUGGGCCAGUUUCAGAUGCCACAGCACCAGGAGCAACAUCAUCAAGUGCAAAGACGGAUGUCUGCUGUUGGUAAUGGCGAUAUAAUGACUUUUGGGACUGAUAACGGUGACCUUAACUCCUAUCAAUUCAACCAACCUAUGGGGCCAGGCUUCCCAACCAUCAAUACCUCUAUCGGUAUGGACCAAAUGGGCAAUUAUAUGGCAGCCGACCCUAACGAUUACUCGGCCAUCUCUCCUGAUAUGAUGAGCUCAAUGAUGCCCAAUACGUUUGCUAGUAUGAGCGUUGGGGCGCAGAUGGCGGGUAACGGCUCGCCCAUGAACCUCUACUCUCCAUCCAUCGGACAAUUUCCACAGGGUCAACUUACCCCUCAAGUUCAAGUCAGUAACGACUUCUCUAUGGAUCUAUCUCCCGACGGUAGUUCAAUGAGCAUGAAUCAAAGCAACCCUCCUCGACCGAAUUCGAUUCCGGCCCCUGCCAAUACAACUAUGGACACAAUAGAAGAACCGGGCGACAGCAUGAUGAAUAGCCAUCAGCCUUAUAAUAACGGAGAUAACAGCCAAAAUUUACCUUCUUUGUCUCGGCAGGUCUCAACCGCCUCUGGAUCUGUCGUUUCUCCUCCACAGCAACAGUCACACGGGACUGUGUCGACAACUGUUACCCAGCCCACCAGUGCAUCAGUCGCUACGACGCCAUCAACCGGCGAUGGUCCCAGAGAUUCAAAAGAAAAGACCAUAUACUCGAAGAGCGGGUUUGAUAUGCUCAAGGCUUUAUGGCUAGUUGCUACGCGCAAAAAUCCGCGGAUUCAACUCGGUGCCGUUGAUAUGUCGUGUGCUUUCGUUGUCUGCGAUGUUUCCAUGAACGAUUGCCCCAUUAUAUAUGUUUCCGACAACUUUCAGAACCUGACUGGUUACAGCCGCCACGAGAUUGUUGGACAAAAUUGCCGGUUCCUUCAAGCGCCUGAUGGUAAAGUCGAAGCGGGAUCCAAGCGCGAAUUCGUCGACGAUGGUGCCGUGUACAACUUGAAAAAGAUGGUUCAUGAGGGCAGAGAAGUCCAACAAAGCCUGAUCAAUUAUAGAAAGGGCGGAAAGCCGUUCUUGAAUCUUCUAACCAUGAUUCCCAUCCCCUGGGACACGGACGAAAUUAGAUAUUUUAUUGGCUUCCAGAUCGAUCUCGUGGAAUGUCCUGAUGCAAUCGCAUCUAAUCAAGAUCUAGGAGGUGUUAAAGUGAACUACAAACACAGCGACAUCGGUCAGUAUAUCUGGACACCACCACAAUCUAGCCAAUGGGAGCCUGAAAAUGGCCAGACCUUGGGCGUGGAUGAUGUUUCAACUCUACUGCAGCAAUUUAGUCCAAAGGGUUUGACAUCAGAUUGGCACAAGCAAUCCUGGGAUAAGAUGCUCCUCGAGAAUACCGACGACGUUGUCCAUGUCCUUUCACUGAAAGGCUUGUUUCUAUACCUCUCACCAUCGUGCAAAAAGGUUUUGGAAUACGAGGCCGCUGAUCUUGUUGGCAACUCACUCUCAACUGUCUGUCAUCCGUCCGAUAUUGUUCCCGUCACACGAGAAUUAAAGGAUACAACGACCGGGAACCCAGUGAAUAUCGUUUUCCGGAUACGGAGAAAACACAGCGGCUAUACGUGGUUCGAAAGCCACGGGUCACUCUUUGUCGAACAAGGGAAAGGCCGGAAGUGCAUCAUUCUGGUGGGUCGCAAGCGGCCAGUGUUCGCUUUAAGCCGCCGCAAUCUUGAAGCAAACGGAGGCAUUGGUGACAGUGAGUUGUGGACAAAGCUCUCGACAUCAGGUCUUUUCUUGUAUGUCUCUUCGAACAUCAGGUCACUGCUCGACCUUCAGCCCGAUAGCCUGGUCGGAACCAGUAUACAGGAUCUUAUGCGGAAAGAAUCGCGACCUGAAUUUGGACGAACGAUGGAAAAGGCAAGGCGCGGAAAAACCGUUACUUGCAAGCACGAGGUUCAGAAUCGCAGGGGCCAGGUGUUGCAGGCACAGACGACUCUAUACCCGGGCGACGCCUCCGAAGGCCAAAAGCCAUCAUUUUUGCUUGCUCAAACAAAAUUACUAAAGGCUUCGUCGCGCAACCUCGCACCUGCUAGCGCAUCUGGUUCCAGGUCAGUCGCUGCUACCCCGAGAUUAAACAACGGUAACGAAAGCCAUGCGACAGGCCAUGUCUCGCAGCCUGCCGGUGGCGCACUCGCACCAGGUACCCAAGAUGCAGCUCUGGCCUCAGAAGACAACAUUUUCGACGAAUUAAGAACCACUAAAUGCUCUAGUUGGCAAUUCGAGUUACGACAGAUGGAGAAGGUGAAUCGCAUAUUGGCCGAGGAACUCGGAGGUUUGCUUUCUAGCAAGAAGAAGCGUAAGAGAAGAAAGGGAGUUGGCAAUGUCGUUCGGGAUUGUGCAAACUGCCACACAAGGAAUACGCCAGAGUGGCGUCGAGGACCCAGUGGUCAGAGGGAUCUUUGUAACAGCUGUGGUCUCCGUUGGGCCAAACAGACUGGUCGAGUUUCCCCUCGUAAUUCUUCGCGUGGAGCCAACACUGUCAACGGCGAUUCUCGAAGCAAAAAGUCCAAUUCUCCCUCAUCGCCGUUGCAUAAAGAACUUUCGGCCGACAGUUCCAACGCACAGGCCGCUAAUGGCGAAAACGGCAUUAACCCGGCCCAGCUUUCGAAGCAGAAAAUCAUCAAUGGAACAGCGGCGCCCAGCGGCGCUCCUUCGGCAACUGGUGUCAAGACCUCAGCCGGAAUGCCGCCCUUGAGCCAUUCCUCAAUGUUGGGUGUUGGGCAACCUUCGUCAAUGGCUUCGAUCCGAGAAGAGCGUGAGACAAGCCAACCCUAA